AUGUAUUACCACAACACCACCCAAUUCUAUCCUCCCUCUUUUUUUCUGUUGGGGAUUCCAGGCUUGGAAAAAUUCCACAUUUGGAUUGGUUUCCCUUUUUGUGCUGUAUAUAUUAUUGCUCUCUUGGGGAAUAUAAUAAUCCUCUUUAUAAUUCGGACUGAACCUAGUCUCCAUCAGCCCAUGUAUUACUUCCUGGCUAUGUUGGCCUUCACUGACCUAAGUCUGUCCACUGCCACUAUCCCCAAGAUGCUUGGAAUCUUCUGGUUUAAUUUCAGGGAAAUACCUUUUGGGGCUUGCCUUGCACAGAUGUUUAUGAUUCACCUGUGUACCGGCCUUGAGUCUGGAGUACUGACAGCCAUGGCCAUUGACCGCUAUGUUGCUAUUUGCAAUCCCCUGAGAUACACUAUGAUCCUCACAAAUAAGGUCAUAGCCAUUCUAGGUAUACUAGUGGUAGUGAGAUCAUUAAUCUUUGUCAUCACUUUUGUGUUCCUUAUCUUGCUGUUGUCAUUCUGUAGUUCCCGAAUCAUUCCUCACACCUAUUGUGAGCACAUGGGCAUUGCCCGUCUUUCCUGUACAAGUACCAGAGCCAAUAACUUAUUUGGAAUGGUUGCCAUUGCUGUGGGAUUUCUUGACCUCAUUGUAAUUGGUUUUUCCUAUGUGAAGAUACUCCACACAGUUUUUCACUUGCCAUCAUGGAAUGCCCGACUAAAGGCGCUGAACACCUGUGGAUCCCAUGUCUGUGUCAUGCUCAUUUUCUAUAUCCCAGCGUUUUUUUCUUUUCUGACCCACCGCUUUGGCCAUAGCAUUCCUGGAUACAUUCAUAUAUUUCUGGCUAAUAUUUAUAUGGUUAUUCCACCUGCACUCAACCCUGUUAUCUAUGGCGUCAGGACAAAGCAGAUCAGGGAACAAGUACUAAGAAUUCUUAACCCUAAAGCUGUCUGA